AAACGAUCUGCAAAAGUUCAAAAGCCUUUGCCCUGGCAAUUUUUACCAUGAUUGUUCACCGCUUCGCUGUUACUUAUAUCAAAAUAACAUUACUCUUUGCUUUCGUUUUUCUUCCACGAAUAUCCACUUGUUGGGACUUUGGAGCUGUGAACCUGCCGGAAGACAUUUUCAUUGGAAAAUUUGCUGUCUGGAGAAAUCGCGCCUUUUUAGCUAUACCAAGAACGGAAAGAAACGAAACUUUGGUAAACAGAACAACUCUGUACCAAGCAAUUUGGCCUGAAUCUAAUUUUCCAGGGGUGAAACCUAGCAAACUAUUCUCAUCUAAUUUGCAUAAUAAACUCAUAAACGAUGGAUGUCUCAGAUCCAUCGUGAAAUUGGAUAUCGAUACUCGUGGGCGUUUGUGGUUGCUCGAAGUGCCUCAGAAUCAUGAUUGUUCGGCUAGAAUUAUCAUUUAUAAUUUGAGACGAAAUAAUCAAUUGGUGUCAUCUACGGACUUACUGAACGUCCCAACGAAAAAUUUACGAGCCCUCGCCGUUGAUUCUUCCGGAAGUAAAGCGUAUUUGGGAGAUCCGGGAGAUGAAUCAAUCAUAGCGUUCAUACCUGAGAAGGAAAGGUGGUGGCGGAUAACGAUGAUUCAUGGACCGGAAGUUCCACGAGUUGUCAGUACCGACAUCGCUAUAUCUAGGAAGAAUUCGGCGUUGUAUUUGAGUGGUUCCAAUACUCUUAAUUUAUUCAGUAUAAAUUUAAAUGAAUUGUGGAACGAGCAAAAUGUUUCUCCAUCCAAUGAUAAAUCACGAAAUGUCACGGUUCUUUGGCACGGUACCAAAAUGGGAGCUUCCUCCGGGCUGAUCUGCGACUUCAAGGACGGUCUUCAUUAUUUUAUGUCCUCGGAAAGAGCCAGCGUUCGUUGGGACACGAAGCUUCCUCUCAAAGCCGAAUACCAUACGAUUCUUGUGCAGGAUGAACAUUGUCCCUGUAUAACCGAUUAUGCAAUGGACAGCCAGAAGAAUUUAUGGGGUUUAAUAAAUUCAGAGUGUCCAUUUACCUCAGAAACACCAUCGAAAUUCCAGCUCAAAUCGCGAACCAUUAAAAUCUUAAAAUAUCCUAUUUUUUAAAUUGAAUCCUUGAAUUUUUUAACUAUCAAUCGUUCGUCGUGAUGUAAUCAUCAAAUCAUGUAUCAUUAGUGGAAGAUUCAGUUUAAUAGAGCGUAGUGACAACUUUUCAUAUGAAUCAUUCGAUCAUAUUAAUUAUUUAAUUUCCCUUUUGUACGCUUUAAUACAUAUUACGAAUACUUAAUCAUCUUGUUGGGUAAUUAAUCCAACCUGUCCAUACAUGGUUAAUUAAAGAGUUAAUCCAUCAAACAGUAUUAUAUAAGGCUCGUUUCAGAGCACGAUAUCUAUCAGGAACGAGAUCGACAUCGAUGAUUUGCAAGGACUAACGAACUGGUAGUUGCGUUUUCAUGCGUAUACGUUGAGUAAUGAUUAUUGCGAAAAGAUAUAGGUAAUUAUGCAACGAUUAAGUCAUUCAGCGCCUUAGGGAUAUCUUACAACACUAAUGAUUGGCGCUAUAAACCUGAUACUAUGAUUAAAUAUUGAAAAAAUACAGGGAAACAAUAAAACUGCGUUAGUUACGA